AAAAGCAUUUCGAGACAGAACGAACUCUGAAAUUGGAGAAGUGGCACAGACUUUGCACUCCAAAUAAAAUAAUUGGUCUUAUAAAGUCGUUGAAAGUCAUAUCAUGGCCCUGACUCGAGGAAUCUUCAUUGUCGGUGCCAAGCGCACUCCUUUUGGUACCUUUGGUGGUGUUCUAAAGGAUAAGAGUGGUACAGACCUUGCUGAAGUGGCAGCCAAGGCAGCGCUAGCAUCGGGCAACAUCAACCCUGAAAUCAUAGAUACCACUGUCGUGGGAAACGUAGCACAGACAUCGCCAGAUGCUGCUUACACCGCCAGACAUGUUGCACUCCGCUGUGGGGUACCCAUGUCGAAGCCUGCCCUCACUGUUAACAGACUGUGUGGUUCCGGGUUUACUUCCAUUGUAACAGCUACGCAGGAGAUAUUGGCUGGUGAUGCAGAGGUCGCUCUGACAGGGGGAACGGAGAAUAUGAGCAUGGCUCCCUACACCCUCAGAGGGGCAAGAUUUGGUACCAAACUUGGUGAAGAUCAGAAGCUUGAGGAUACCCUAUGGGCUACCCUAACUGACGCACACAUCAAGACACCCAUGGGCAUCACGGCAGAAACCCUUGGAGCCAAGUAUGAGGUCACGAGAGAAGAUUGUGAUGAAUUUGCUUUACUUGGUCAACAGAGGUGGGCUGAAGCAAAUAAGGCAGGGAUCUUUGAUGCAGAAAUGGCACCCAUAGAGCUCGCCACCAAGAAAGGACCAAAAUCGGUCACCACCGACGAACACCCUCGGGAGACCACCAUGGCUCAACUCGCAAAGUUACCGCCGGUUUUCAAGAAGAACGGUCUGGUCUCGGCAGGGAAUGCCUCGGGUAUCUGUGACGGAGCUGGAGCGGUGAUCCUAGCCAGUGAGGAAGCAGUUACCAAGCACAACCUCACACCACUUGCCAGGCUUGUCAGUUAUAAUGUUGCCGGUUGCGACCCUAGCAUCAUGGGUAUAGGACCGGUAUAUGCUGUAAGGAGUGCCUUAGAGAAAGCCGGCCUGACGCUCGAUGAUAUGGACCUUGUAGAAGUCAAUGAGGCCUUUGCAGCACAGUUCAUCGCAGUGGAGCGUGAGCUGGGCUUGGAUCGACAGAAGACCAACGUCAACGGGGGCGCAAUUGCUCUGGGUCAUCCCGUCGGGGCCUCUGGUUCGAGGAUUACAGCACAUCUUGUCCAUGAGCUAAGACGGAGAGGCAAUAAAUACGGUGUUGGUUCAGCGUGUAUCGGUGGCGGACAGGGUAUUGCUGUCAUCCUAGAAAGCCUGGAAUAAUAGCCUCCGUCUUCAGCAACAACCUCAAAGACCAAACCAUCCAUUUCCACAACAAAUGCAAGCCCUACAGAGUAUAGUAAAUAAUAUUUUUGUUAUUCAUAAUACGCAUAAGACAUACGUUGUACGUAUCUAGGGCUUAGAGAUUUAUUAUUACCUGGGCUCCGUAACACAAAGACUAGCGAUCAAUCGCUAAAUGAAUUGACCAAUCAAGAUUGAUGUUACACGCACAUUUGGCGCAAAAUACUGACCAGAAACCAAUCAGAAGUGUUCUUUCACAUUUGCUAUUCAUCGCAAACCUUUGUGUUACGGAGCCCUGGUCAUUGGAUUCAAUCCGUCAUCCCCGCACGCAAUGUAUGCACAUCCUCCACUCCCUGGUGAGUAUACCAGCCAGUUGCCGGUGAGGUGCAUACAGUACUAAAACAAGCAACAAUGACGUACACAUCCUUUCGGGUACCCAUUUGCACCUUCGUGGGGAGCGGCGAAGUGGUGAUUGAUGCCUUUUCAAAGGAUGCCAGGCCGUGAUGAGAUUUGAACACACAGCCCUCUGACUCAGAACCACUUUGCCACUGCACUUCCAGAGAAGCAACAUUUAUAUUUUUGUUCAUUAAAGGAAUUCCAACUCAAAUGAUGAGUUGUCUUUAGAGGAAACGGCAAAAUCAGACAAAUAGAUAGGUGAAAGUGUGAAGAAUAUGUGAUAGAAAAAGAAAGUUAUGAAUUUUUAAAAAGUUUUCAAAAGUUGUAAUCACUGUUAUAUUUGCGAAGACUUCAAAUUGGUCAAAUUUUGGUUGCUCCUGUACACAAAGUGGUUAAAAUGUAAGUUUUUUUUCAAAAGUUUCACUUCAAAUUACAUGUUAUAAAUAGUUGAUUACAGCCCGAUCUGAAUUGGCACUUACGUGAAAAUCUCUAGUAAUUGAGUAGAAUCUAUGGAGAAGGUGAACUUGCCACUUGUCAGAAUUUAUCUACCCAGUUACCAAAAAUGUAAGUGAUCUCAUUUUUUAAAACAGCCAUAAUUGUCUUAUACCUUGUCCGAUUUCUUUCAAACUUUCACCAUGCUAUUUUUCUGAUUUUUUCCCCUCCUUUCUUGCGCACAAUUUUUGACGAAGGUUGGUUUCCCCUUCAAAGGGGUUGUCUCACCUGGAUGCUUUUGCCGACUUCCGAACGUCGAGCCAUUUCUUAACCAAGUCAUGAAAAUUGCUAAAAAUACUAAAAGAGAUUAAUUUUUGGUAAAUAAUGCAUUUUCUUUCUACUUUGAGCCAAAAAGCGAUUCUCGAUAUCAUGUAUAGAAUUUUCGCUAUUAAGAAAUAGAAUUAAAUGGAAAAAUGGCUUGCCAUAGUAACAUAGUUCAACAUACAUGCCGAACAUGUGACCGCCCGACGACACUAACUCAAAAUCAAUUAUAGUAUACAUGUAGAUGAUUGAUAUGCAAUAUCCUAUAUUAAUCUUAUUCUUGGACAAAUUUUAUUCUUCAGAAGAAGCGUGAUUGUCUGGUUCUUUAUGUAUUAAAAGUGUAAUGAAAUGUAUUCAAAAUACCUUUAACUCUCAGGAUUAUUUUGGAGUUUCAGAAAUUCCUUCCAAAUCAAUUCUAUUAUUGUCUAUUUCUUCUGUUCAAUGUCUUGUCUGUUAAGUUAUAUAUAUUGUUGAAUUAUUGAAGUUAUUAAACUUUCUAGUGAAUGUCAUUACAGAAACUUAUAUUGCAAUGGAGAUUCAUGUCUUUUGGAUAGUGACAUUAAAGGUCAAUCCCAAAGGUAAAUAAUCAUAUCUGAUUAUUACAAGUUCGUAAAAACUCGAAUACAGGGUCAUGAAAUUAAUGUGGUAUUGAUUUGACAAAUCUUUCAAGCAAAUAUCAUGACAGAAUGCAUGCAUGCAUAUCAAGUUCUUAUUACAACGGCAGCUAAGGGCAAGUCGGCUCAAAAACUGUUUUCAUACUAAAUUAGUUAAUAUGUUAUUGCCUAAAUUUCAAUUGAAUAAUAAGAAAGAUUUUAUGGAAGGGUCAGGCCCCGUUCCAACCCCUUCCCUUCCUUCUAAAUCAGUAUUGCAUAGGAAAUGGUCGGACAUCAAAUUUAAGUUCUGUGUAUUGAAAUAUAUAUAUUACUAUUACACCAUGUUAAACAUGUGUAGUUAUGAAAUGAAUACAAUUAAAUUCAUGAAAAUUAAAAUGAUAUAUAACCAUA